UGAUCAGCUGUGUCCAAUCACAGCUGACCACAUGGCACUGAUGAUCAGUGUAGCCCCAGCAGUGCCACCUGUCAAUGUCUGUCAGUGCUCAUCAGUGCCACGUCAAUGCCACAUAUCAGUGCAUACCAGUGCACAUCAAUGCCACAUAUCAGUGCCCAUCUGAGCUGCCUUUCAGUGUAACCCAUCAGUGGCAGUCAGUACCACCUAUCAAUGCCAAUCAGUACCACCUAUCAGUGCUGCCAAUCAGUGCCACAUAUCAGUACCAGUCAGUGCUGCCUAUCAGUGCCAGUCAGUGCCACCUAUCAGUGCGCAUCAGUGCCGCCUAUCAGUGCCCGUCAGUGCCACCUAUAUGUGCCAGUCAGUGCCGCCUAUCAGUAGCAGUCAGUGCCGCCUAUCAGUGCCAUAUCAGUAUCAGUGCUGCCUUUCAGUGCCCAUUAGUGAUGCCUGUCAAUGCCCAUCAGUGCCACCUACCAGUGCCUCCGUAUCAG